UCUAAGUUUCAAGCGCCGCAGAAGAAGAAAGGAGAGAGAAGGAAAAAAAAUACGAAAAAGAGGGGAAACAGAGAAGAUCAGAUCAUGGCCGCCGAUUUACAGUUGCCGCCAGGAUUCAGGUUCCAUCCAACGGACGACGAGCUCGUGAUGCAUUACUUGUGUCGUAAAUGCGCGUCGCAGCCGAUUGCCGUGCCGAUUAUUGCCGAAAUUGAUCUCUACAAAUACGAUCCGUGGGACCUACCUGGAAAGGCUUUGUAUGGGGAGAAGGAGUGGUACUUCUUCUCGCCGAGGGACCGGAAGUACCCUAACGGUUCCCGGCCAAACCGGGCGGCUGGGAGUGGGUAUUGGAAGGCGACAGGAGCCGAUAAACCGAUAGGCCGGCCGAAGCCGGUGGGGAUUAAGAAGGCUUUGGUGUUCUACGCCGGAAAGGCUCCUAAGGGAGAGAAAACCAAUUGGAUCAUGCACGAGUACCGGCUCGCAGACGUGGACCGCUCGGCUCGCAAAAAGAAUAGUCUAAGGCUGGACGAUUGGGUUCUCUGUCGCAUAUACAACAAAAAAGGCACGAUCGAGAAGCAGCAACACCCCGUUCCGAUGAAUCGGUCGGAACUCAACACGAUCGAUUUCUUGGAGGAGGAUCAGAAGGAGGAGAAGCCGCUAAUUCUGAAUGAUCUGGCAGUUUCCGGCCGGAUUGUGUCGCCGCCUCCGCCGUCAACCAGCGUGGUUAAUGACUACAUCUACUUCGAUGCUUCGGAUUCGAUUCCUCGGCUUCACGCAGACUCGAGCUGCUCGGAGCACGUGGUGUCGUCGGAGUUCACGUGCGAGGUGCAGAGCCAGCCAAGAUUGAAGGACGAGGUCGGAUUUUCGUACAAUUACAUGGACGCUUCCAUGGACAACGCAUUCUGCUCGCAGUUUCAGACGGUGACCCAGAUGUCGCCAUUGCAGGAUAUGUUCAUGUACCUUCAGAAACCGUUUUGAAUCCAACAUGUCGACUUCAAUCGACGUCAAUUUCUCGGUUGAAGUGCCCUUCAAUCGUGCGGUGGCUCGAGACGGUGGUCGAUGACUGUGCCGUGCGACGAUUGCGCAUAAAAAGGCCCUAAUGAUGAAAUACAGAACCGCGACGGCGGUGGCCGAAAUUGAAACCGACUUGUGUUGUAUUGUAUUAGAGCGAUGUGCAUUUUAGCACGUGUAAUGGCCAAUGUAUAUAUUGUGGCAAACGUGCCACUUAAUGGAGAAACCUUUUUAAUGUUGUGCA